ACUCAAACGUCCUCCCAAACAGUUAUAAAGCCCAAAGGUGUAGAUAGCCUUGUUAAGCUGGCCUUGACUUUUUGUCCACACUCACUGUCACUCUUUUGCAGAACAUCUCUAUAAUCGACAGGGAUCGACAAGGCCCCAGUAAUAUUCACAACUUGCGACGCGACUGACAUCACUCUGGACCUGUCAAACCGGCGUUAAGAAUCAACGCACGCAAUGUACAGUCAACUCCUCGUCCUUGCUCUGGCAUUCAUGACUUCUGUCGAUGCCCGUCCUAGGCUUGAACGACAAUCGAAGUAUCAUCGCAGAUCACUCAUCGAAAAACGGGCGACAUCGGCGACGAGCGUCUCUGGAUGGUCCUACAUCGGGUGUUAUAAAGAUAAUGGAGACCGAACGCUCAACGGUGACAAGAAGAUCAGCACAACCAUGACUCCUUCCGUUUGCAUCAGCUAUUGCUCUGGGCUUGGCUAUUCCUAUGCCGGUCUUGAGUACUAUGACGAGUGUUACUGCGGUAACUCCUUAGAUUCCUCCAAAACUUCUGACGAUAGCCAAUGUCAAUUUGCUUGUGCUGGUGACAGUUCUCAGAAAUGCGGCGGUGUCUAUCAGCUCGGUAUCUAUCAACUCGGCGGCUCAACAACCACGACGUCCUCUACCACAACCAAAGCUAGUUCGACUACCUCCACUUCUGCUGCCGCUACCAGCACUUCUGCUGCUGCCACAUUCGUUGGAUGCUACAAGGAUAACGGCGACAACCGAACGUUGAACGGCAGCAAGAAGGUUAGUAGCUCUGUGACACCUUCUGUCUGCAAUAGUUACUGCUCGGGUCUUGGAUAUACUUAUGCUGGAACUGAAUCCUAUAAUGAGUGCUACUGCGGUAACACCCUUGAUUCGUCAAAGGCCGCCGACAAUAGUCAAUGUCAAUUUGCUUGUGCUGGUGACAGCUCUCAGAAAUGCGGCGGUGCCUAUUACGUCGGUGUCUAUCAGCUCGGCAAUUCAGUAACUACGACGUCGACAACGUCCAAAGCUUCAUCUACUACUACUGCCAGCACCAGCGUAACCGUCUCUGCUAACGCUGCCGUCACCAGCACUGUCGGUGUGGCAGCGGUCCCCAGCGCUUCAAGCACUAAGGCCCUCUACGCUCACCAUAUGGUCGGCAACACCUACUCUUACAUACAAUCCAUUUGGGCCAACGAUAUCUCUCUUGCCUCUGCUGCCGGUAUCGACGGUUUCGCCCUCAACUACGGUAUUGAUACAUGGCAGCCUGCCCGUAUUGCCGAUGCCUAUGCUGCUGCCAAGGCACAAGGAUCCUUCAAGCUUUUCUUGUCGCUCGAUGUCUCUUCUUUGAGUUGUUCUACAGCGUCUGACGCAGCCACUCACGUAGCCAGCAUCGCAACCUACGCCACCCACUCUGCUCAAGCCACAUAUAACGGUAAAGUUCUCGUCUCGACAUUCUCCGGUGAAUCCUGUACUUUCGGCCAAGGAUCUGUCUCGGCUGGGUGGACCUACUUCCGCUCCCUUUUAACGGCCAAGGGCAUUUCGAUCUAUUUCCUCCCUUCUAUUUUCUCCGAUAUCUCAACGUUCUCCAGCAACUCUUGGAUGGACGGCGAAUUCAACUGGAAUGGUGGCUGGCCUACAGGCAGUACCGCUCUUAGCACUUCUUCUGACAUUUCAUAUAUGUCAGCGUUGGGCAGCAAGGGUUACAUGGCCCCUGUGUCCCCGUGCUUCUUCACUUACUAUUCCCCGUCAAGUUACAACAAGGACUGGAUUUACAGGUCAGACGACUGGCUCUUGGCAAGGAGGAUGGAGCAAAUCAUCUCUAUGAGGAAUUCCUUUGACAUGGCGGAGAUCAUCUCUUGGAACGAUUACGGAGAGAGUCAUUACAUUGGUCCUAUCCGAGCCGAUCAGCCCAACUCUCAGGGAUGGACCGCCGGUAUGCCCCACACCGCAUGGCUCAACCUCAUUGCUUAUUACGCACCCGCUUUCAAGACCGGAUCUUAUCCUUCUGCCAGUGAUCAAAUGAUCCUCUGGACCCGCCCUCACCCAAAGGCCGCAACCCCCACGGCUCCGACCUGCGCCCGCCCUUCCUAUUGGAACAACACCGAUGAUAAUCUCUACGUCUGGGUUGCCCUCAAGGCGGCCGCUACGGUAACCAUUACCAGCGGUAGCAACACUGGUUCCUGGUCCUUACCAGCAGGUGUCAGUAAGAUCGGUAUUGCAAGCGCCGCUGGUAGCAUUACUGGCAAAAUUGUGAGAAGCGGCACGACAGUGAAGAGCUAUGACUCUAGUGGAUCCUUCAGCUAUACUCUGACUCCCACUGAUUAUAACUAUAACUAUUUCGUUGCCGCUGUCUGAAAAUCUUUUUUCAUCUUCUACUAUCUAUUUCCUUAUUUCACUAAAUGAGAUUUUAAUCGCAGAAAUAUCUAUAUAUGUCUAUCUUCUGAGCGAGGUUAGUGAUUUCAAUAGCUUCAUUUCAGGUUAGCUUCCAAUAUACCAGUGCGUCAUACCAUCAAACAACAUAGAAUUUGAUUUUAGUCCCUGUUUUCGUUUUCGCCAUACCCUUUCAUGUCUUCGUAUGCUGUAUCAGCUAGUAAUGAGGAUGAAUCAGGACACUUAUUAAUGACGGAGAGCAACAACGAAAACAAGG